AUGUCAUCUCCCAUUGCUCCUCCCUCCUUUGGGGAGAUCUUCGAUACCGUUCAAGGUACACCUCAGAUCCUCUCCUCACCCGUUCAAUCCGCUUUUCCCCAUUUCGACCCAACCUCGCCAUUUAAUACUAUCAGGAAGACACCCAAUGACCGUGGACUGAGGAGGAUGCGGACUGAGGGAUUCCUCAUUUCACCUAUGACUUCCAUACAUGCCCAACAGAGUAUACACUCCCUCCAAUCUGGCAGCUCGUUCACCAUUCCAGAUAGGACGAGGACACCUACUCUUGGGUUCAGACCUGUGUCCGUCGUCCCUACUCCAGUCAGGAUAGCUAAUGCCAAUUGGGAUGGAAUGGAUUUUACUGGAUUGAACGCGGAGGGAAUCGGCCUGACCGCUUUCGAAGAAGGAAUACAGUUCGGAUCACCUUCAAAGAUCCCUCAAUCACAAGUCUCGACACCCCUCAUGGUCGCCAUGGCUGAUCCUACCCCCGUGCAGUCACCUACCGCACCACGAAGUACAAAGAAGACACGAAACUUAUCUGGUUUAGGUACACCCUCAGGAGCACAUCGACCAACGAAGAGGAUAAGGCAGGCGACCUACGAUGCCAAUACACUACCUGUAUCGCCAUCAGCUUCGCGCAGGAGAACAGCCGAGCCUUCCACAUCCCUCACCACCAGCGUACCUCUCUCACGAGCUGUCUCUUCAUCAUCUAUCCACCUGGGUCAUGCUCAGCUGUACCAACAGGAUAGAAAUGUCUCUGCAUCUUCCGCCAUGACAGCUUCAACCUCGUUUGAAGUCAUGUCACCUACCCUACAGUCCUUCCCCGAAAUGUACCCUCCCGUUCCAGCCUCAGCGAGUUUACCUGAACUUAUGCCUUCGCGAUCUCAACUACCCAGUCCAAGUCUCCCAGGUGGUGGAUCUCCAAUCUGUACUCCUCAACAACCUGCUGGUCUGUUCUACACGUCACCAGAGCAAGAUCAAGGUGCAUUCGGACCUAACGAAGUUCAAGGUGAGAUGACACUGAUGUCUCAAGUGACGUCUGUUAUGCCACGCUCUACUUCGAUGAUGUCUAUCGCGUCUUUCCCAAGUAAUCAAGGAUACCGACAGAAUACAUUGACUACGAUUGUUGAAACCCCCAUGUUGGCUCAGGAAGGUAUGACGUUCAGUGCCCCUUCCUCAUCCCAACUACCUACUCAACCUAUCCUUCCUCCUCAGCCUCAAUUCCAUCAUAUGGAAUAUCCCCCAGUCCCAGGUAUGUCAAUGAACUACCAACCUGGUCUUCCCACUAUGACCCAACCUAUUGAUAUCGAAGCAUGGUCAGCGCAGACUUAUUCCGCUCAACCUCAAAUAUUCAAUUUCCAAUCUGGUCCUCCUCCUGCCCCUGGUCCCAACAUGUCCCAUCCUCAUCCUAAUCCUCAUCCCCCUCCUGGACCUCAACGACACGCUUCAGCCUCUUUCCUCAAUUAUGAAAUGCGUCCCAACGAGAUUCCCGUAUUUCCCUCUGCACCUCGAUCCGUCUCGGCACCUUUCGUACACACUAUGGCUAAUGUUCCUCCUCCGCCUCCCAUCCCGAUGGCCCACUCCCUGUCUCAAGGUGGACUCUUCGGUCCACUUGCCGUAGCUGGACCAAGCGAGCCUAUAAGUGAUGGUCAACAACAAGGAUGGACUCAAUCUACACCUGUCAGUCCCGAGACUCCAAGGAAGAGACAGCAGUAUCCUCCUAUUGGUAAACGGUUGAAACCUGGUCCAAAGCCUAAACCCAAGACUCCCAAGAAGGGUAAAGGCAGUAAUUCAUCACCUGAAGAAGGAGCGAUCAACCCUUCGCUCUUAGCUGGACCUUCUGAGCUUGUCCCUAAAGUCGAAUCUUCUCAAUCUCAACCUAUGAUCUCAAGAGAACCAUCACCGAAACCAGCUUUGGUCUUUGGACCUGAUCUCACUUCUGUAUCGCUCAUGCAAAGGACAUUAUCGGGAACUGAUCUUGGUUCGGCUCCAGGCGCAGGAGCAGGUAAUGCUCUCCUUGCGCAAUUACCCGGUCAACCACAAUUAGUCAUCCAACCUCCCCGAAGCUCUUUUUCCAAUGGGUCCAAUGGUCCUGAAGGAAGCUCAAAUGGGAAUGGACCAGCUGGUCUACCAAGAGCAUUCUUAGAAAAACUAUAUACGACAUUCUUAACUCUCGAUGGAUCAGUCACUGGACAACCUGUCAAAAGGUUCAAAUGCCUCAUCGAAGGUUGUGAGAGGCACUUCCCCCGAAAGUCAGCUAUCCACUCGCAUAUCCAGACUCACCUUGAAGAUAAACCCUAUGUGUGUAAUACAGAUGAUUGUCAUGCUGCAUUCGUAAGGCAGCAUGAUCUUAGGCGACAUAUGAGGAUUCAUAGUGGUACGAAACCUUUCCCCUGUCCUUGCGGGAAAGGAUUUGCUCGAGGGGAUGCAUUGAUGAGACAUCGUCAGAGAGGUAUAUGUAGUGGCUCACUGGUACCGAGAAGGGAUGAAUUAUAG